CUGUACCGUGGAAACUGAACUUUGAAGAACGACACAUUCUCUCUCUUUUUGGGAACAUUUGGGGGUGGAAAAAAAAAAACACACGAUGUGAGAAAUACCCGAGGUAACAAAAGGUUUUCUGUGGUGUGACGGUGCGCCUGGGGGAUAAGAGAUUCUUUUAACGAAGGCUCUGAUACAAAGACAGGCCAGCCCCCUCAUCAGUUUGAAAUGGUAUAAAAGCUCAAGCAUCACCCUGGGCUUUGAAAACCUGAACAAGUGCAAUAUUCAGCUUUGUACUGUACAAUUUCGGAUCCAUUAACUCAUCUCCAAAGAUGCUGUUCAGGGAUAUUCUCCUCCUCUGCUCCCUGGCAGUGGUCCUGGUGAAAGGUGACCUGGAUGCGGAUGGGGGUGCCCAAGCCAUGUCCACAGACCACGACUCCACCUCUGAUGAAGUGCCUACAGAGAGCAUGAACUCCAUUUCCCCUGACCAACCUAAUGACGAACCUCAGUAUUACAAUGGAGGGAAUGGAGAUCCCAGCAGCACAAGUGCUGAAGCCGAUCAUAGUGACGGUCAUCAACCUGGCAAUGAUGCGAAUGGAAGCUCAGAUGUCACUAAAAGCAGUAUUGAGGACCACGAUGAUGAGAGCCCGGACUCAGAUGAAGGUCCGAAGCACAAAUGAAUCAGAUCUCAUCAGAUUCCACAUGAUAUAUGUUAAUGCUUGAGCGAGAUGUUUUCCACAAACAUAUACAAGGGAAUAUUCCAAUGACAUAUAAAGUAAACAUUUAUCUGUAAGGCACAAUAUGAAUUGACUAUUUUAUUCAGUUUUUCAUUGGCUUGCUUGUUAUAGCAUAAGACCACACUUAAGUAAUCACAAAAAUGGAUAUCAUUAAAAAAUGUUUAUCAAUGAUUAUAGAUCAUGAACAUCAUUCAUAUUAAGGAAAGUAAAUUCAUUUGUUGCAACACAUUCACUCAUUCUCUGAAUGUUCCAUCACAAGGAGCUCCAUCUAGAAAAUUUUAAAACCCUAGAAAACUAUUUUGU